GUACUUAAAGUUAGUGAAAUCGCUUUGCAAAAAUUUAAAAAUGCUGAAAUUGCUGCAGCCAAAUAUUCCACAUUGCUCAGCAAGCAAACAACACUGCCAACCAGAUUGUCCGUCGCGUGCCAAACGUACUUACCAAAAAGGCACACUCACACACACACAAGUACUUAACAGUAAUUUUGAGUAGUUGGAAAAUAAAACCUAUCGUCGUUGCGCGUAAUGAAGACACUCCUUUGCACGUCUGCGACGCAUUUACUAUCGUUAUCGUUACCGUUAUCAUUAACGCGUUCAUUAUUUGUAAUUAUAUUUUUACUAUUAAUUGGUAAUUUUGAUUUGAGCAUUCUACCGUUGCCAACAAAAAGCUUGAAUCACCGCAGUAUCAGCAAAGUCUCAGCGGAAGUAUUUACUUUGGGUUAUUUAACCGGCUCACAGCGCAGUCCGGGAAAUUUGGAUUAUCAGCGACCAGGCAUCACCAUCUCCGGCGCCAUUACACUCGCCGUUUCCCAAGUGAAUGCUGGCAGGCUUAAGGAACUCGGUCAUUCACUGGAAUUCAUUGUGGCCGAAACCUAUGGUGAUGAAGUAUCGAGCAUACGGCAAACGGCCUCACUUUGGACUCGGCAAGUAGCCGGCUAUAUUGGACCACAAGAGACCUGCGUGCAUGAGGGGCGCAUGGCAGCCGCCUUCAAUUUACCUAUGAUAUCCUAUUACUGCAUACACCGCGACACGUCAAAUAAACAGGACUUUCCCACUUUUGCGCGCACGCGUCCGCCGGAUACACAAAUUUCAAAGUCAGUGGUUUCACUGCUUUUAGCUUUUAAUUGGACGCAGGUUUCCUUUCUGUAUUUGGAUAGUCCACAUAGCCCUUUUCAUCCGGUUGCUGAGACAAUACAGAAUAUUUUACACAAUGCUGGCGUAAUUGUGCGCGAUAUACAAACAUGGAAUACCAUUUAUCAUCACGGCUUCAUGGUGAAUCCUUUCGAUGAGUUGGUAGAGCGUACCUACAAAAAUACACGCAGUCAACAAAUACAUGGAGCUGCCGCCAUUCAAUUUUCCCAAUCCUCUAGGCUAUUUUGGUGGCGAAAAGCAGAUCAGCGCGGAGGCUGCUUACCUCUACGAUGCCGUUCAUUUGUAUGCAAAUGCGCUAAUAAAAGUUUUGGAGGCUGGUGACAAACCAAAAAAUGGCACUGCUAUCAUUGCGGCUAUAAAAGGAUCUAAAUACCUGAGCGCCAUGGGCUACCAUGUUUACAUUGAUGAGAAUGGCGAUGCCGCUGGCAAUUAUACAGUAUUAGCGCGUGGCUAUGCGCGAAAUAGUCGAA